AUGCCCAGUCUCAGCAACCACUCACGCGCGCUACAACGCAACAAGCGCUCAUCCUCUGCCCUCUCAGACAUUGACGAUCGUGCUUCCCCCACACCGACGCCCCGCAUCAGCGCCCGUCCCCGCGCCUCUUCCUCCUCCCAGACCAACCACACACAGCCGCACGCUCGCGCCCGGUGGGUCGAAGAGGGCACCGCCAUCCUCCCACCAACCUCUCCAUACCCCCACCCCGGUGCAUCUCCAGCACCAGCUCCGACGGCAGGCCCGUCGCGCACGACCUCGGAGCGUAACUCUGCUUCGCACCUCCCAACGCCGCCGUCUGGAACGUAUGUCGUGGGCGAGGGAGAAGGGAGCGACGACGAAGACAACUUUGGACCCAAGGUCCUCGCGUUCCAUGCUCCUGGCCAGAACAACCUCGCGGCUGCCUACUAUGACCCAGCCACACGCAAGCUCCAGGUUCUAGAGGACACGAAGGAUACCUGGGGAUGGGACCUCGCCACCCUAUUGGUGGAGCAGCUCCAGCCCGACGAAGUGGUGCUGAGCACCAGCGCGCCCGCCACUCUUGCCACGAUGGCACAGGACUACUGCUCUGCCCACCCCUCGGCCAACAUCGUCACCCUGCCUGCAAACCACUUUGCGCACACGAUGGCGACGUACCACCUCGCCUCGGUCCGCCUGCCGCGUGACUUGCGCGCCACCGUCCCGCUAGCCACCGCGACCACGUCCCGCACGGCCGCCAUGACCUGGUCCGAUUCCGGUCGCGGAGGUCCAAGACCCGGUGGCAGGGGCGCGGCGCCGACGUCGGCUGCAGCGGACGAGGAGGGCGACGAGGAUGAGUACCCCGGCGAGGACGGGGCGGGAAUGGGCGAGGUUCGCCUGUCGCUGCUCAAGCUGGGCUGUCGAGUCAAUGUCGAUGCCCCCAUGGCCGUGUGUACGGCUGGAGCGCUCCUCAGCCACCUUGUGCGCACCCAGUCCCUAGACAUUAUGCCCGGCAACGAGGCGGCGUUUGACCUGGACGGUAUUGAGAGUAUGGACCUCGAGGAGCACAUGCUCAUCAACCAAGAUGCCUUGACCUCGCUGGCGGUGUUUGACGUCGAGGCCCAUGCCUUCAUGCACUCCAGUGCACAGAAGCCUGGCCUGUCUCUGAACAGCGUGAUCAACACGACCGUCACCCCGCUCGGCCGCAAGCUCUUCCACACGUGGCUCCUCCGCCCUCUCAUUAACAUUGACCGCAUCAACGCGCGCCUCGACGCAGUCCAGCUUCUCUCCUCCAAGGAGUAUACCGAGCCCCGGAAGCAGACCAAGAAGGAGCUCAAGGGGUUCAAAAACGUCGUGGCUCUGUGCCAAAAGAUCAAGAGUGGCAGGGCCAGCUACAAGGACUGGCAAGGGGUCGUGGAUGCACUGUCUGCUGUCAUCGCCAUCAAAGACUCUCUCGGCGUGAUGAGGCUACGUGGCCGUGCCGAGGUGGUUGAGAAGCUUCACCAUGCGUUUACCGACAAGGUCCAUCGAUAUCUCAUGGAUACAAUCGCACUGAUUGACUGGGACAUGUCGCGCGACGAGGGCCGUGUCUGCAUCCGCAGCCAGAUUGACGACGAGCUUGACCAGUGGCGCGAAGACUAUGCCCGCCUGGAACCCCUGCUCAACCAAAUGUCCCGUGUCAUGGCGCAGCGUAUCCCGCCCAACAUCUGCGAGCACCUCAACGUGCUCUACCUGCCCCAGCUGGGCUGUCUGGUGGCGGCGCAUGCAGUGAAUGACCCAGGCUCGAUUCCGGCCGAGUGGGAGCAGCAGUUCAACACGGACGAGGUGACCUACUUCAAGACACCCGAGAUGCACAACCUGGACGAGCACUAUGGAGAUCUCCAGAACGUGAUCAUUGACCGGGAGAUUGAAUGGGUCCAGCGUCUAGCUGAACGCCUAGAGGACGUCGAGGAGGACAUUCUGGCUCUUGGGGACGCCGUUGCCGAGCUGGACUGCCUCAUCGCCUUUGCCGAAGCUGUUGACCGUUUCGACCUCCGCCGUCCCGUCACCAAGGAGCAACCCGUCCUCAAGAUUCGCAAGGGCUUCCACCCGCUACACGCAAUGUGUGUUCCAACCGAACAGUACAUUGACAACGACACGGUCCUCGAGGGAGGCGGUGAUGGAGACCACAGCAGCAUGAUUGUCGUCACAGGCCCCAAUGGCUCUGGCAAGUCGGCAUAUGGCAAACAGGUCGCCCUCAUCACGUUCAUGGCCCACAUUGGCUGCUUUGUUCCUGCCGAGAGCGCUGAGAUUGGCAUCUGCGAUAAGAUCUUCACUCGUGUCCAGACCCGCGAAUCUGCCUCCAAGACCGGCUCGGCAUUCAUGAUCGACCUCAGCCAGGUCUCUCAAGCGCUCCGUGGUGCCACCUCCCGAUCGCUUCUGAUUCUGGACGAGUUUGGCAAGGGAACCAUGUCCAGUGACGGAGCAGGUCUGCUCGCUGGCGUCAUCACCUUUCUGCUCAAGGGACCAGGCCCCCGUACCGUCGUGUUGACACACUUUCAUGAACUCUUUGCACAGCAGUUCCUCGACGAGUCCAUGCCCAUCAUUUUCUGCCACAUGCAGAGUUUGCUGGUCGAGGACACCAACCGCCUCACCUAUCUCUUCAAACUUAUGCCCACGGUAUGCAUGACUUCCAACGCCGCCGAGUGUGCCCUUAACAACGGUAUCCCCGAGGACAUUGUCGAGCACGCGCGCAAAGUCAGCGACUACCUGUCAAAGUUCCAAAUCACCAAGCUCAUCGACGCGCAACUGACCGACGAGGACCUCGACGACCUGCAUUCCGCCGAGGAGCUGGCCAAGCGCUUCCUCUGCUGGAACUUUGACGAGGAGAACGACGUGCUUGACGAGCUGGACCGCCUGGUCGAGGGCCAAGAGACGGAGGAGGAAGAGGUUCUGCGUCCCGGCGAGGGAGGACUUGGUGUGGCGGCUGUGGAGAUGAUGCAGCUGCAGGAUAUCCGGGAGGUGGAUGAGAGCCUUGUGGAGGACACGGACGACUACUGA